UGUAUUUGUCGUUCAGACAGGCUAAGAUGCCAAAGCUGUUUGAAAUUUUUGCAAAACGUGCACCAUCGUUCAUCGGAAUUUUAAAAUUUUGGCCAUAUAAACGUGAAAUAAUAUGCUGCAAUGGGCGUUCGCGGUUUGACGACGUACAUCGCAUCGAAUGCGGAACGCUUCCUGGAUCCGUACGAACUGCACGAUACCGAUCUGGUUAUCGAUGGGGAUAAUCUGUGCUUCCAGCUGUUUGUGCGCUCCGAGGAGCGGAUGGGUGCUUUUGGGGGUAACUACGACCACUACUUCCGGGCGGUGGUGGAAUUUUUCGAACUGCUCAGGAAGUGUAAUGUCCAGCCGUGGGUUUUGCUGGACGGUGGCUAUGAACAGUGCAAGCUGAAAACGGUCCGCAGCCGGAUGCUGGGGAGGAUACAGUUUGUGAAGAGUGUUCGGCCGGGUUCGAAUCGGUUGAUUAUUCCGCUGCUUGUGCGGGAAGUGUUCGUGGAUGCCAUGCGGGCGGCCAAGGUUCCCUUCAUGAGGUGCCUGUUCGAAGCGGACAAUGAGGUGGCCAUACUGGCCAGGAAGCUGAAUUGUCCGGUGUUAAGCUAUGAUAGCGAUUUUUAUAUACACAAUGUGAAGUACAUACCUUACGUUACGUUAAAUCAUAAGAUCUACCGGAAAGUGAUUGAAAACGAAGAAAAUUUCAAAAUUGAGCUGUUGAAUCAAAAAGGCGGCAAGAAGAGAUCAAAGCGCGUAUUAUUGAAGCAAGGAGACGGUCCACUAGAAGAAGAGAAUGUCCAUGAUUCUUACUGUUAUCUGGACUGCUCUCUGUACACCAUAGAGAAUCUAAUCGGUAAGGAUGAGAGAUUGAAACCGGAAAUGCUUCCCCUAUUUGCCGCACUGCUAGGAAACGAUUAUAUCAGUCGUCGAAUACUGUCCAAGUUCUAUGCCUCUAUGAAAGUAGGUAAGAUUAGUCGAAAAGUGGCAGUCCACCAGCGAAGAGUAGUUGCCAUUCUUAAAUGGCUGAAACACCACUCGCUGAAGUCCGCCACAAUGACCAUUCUGAAUCAGGUGCAGGAGAAGCACCGCGAUGGACUGCUAAGGCAAUUGGAAGGGGCAAUGUAUGGAUACAAUUGUGAAGAGUGCCAAUCAUUUGAGUUCUUUGGCUUCGAGGAGGAUCACACUGAAACAUUGGAGGAUGGUGCGGAUAAACUUCGGGAUUAUCUGGCGAAUGCUGAAGACGGGGAAACUGUUGAGUUGGAAGAGUCGGAUGAUGAGGCGGUUGACGAAGAGAGAACUGAGAAUGAGGCUAACUCGGAUGAUGGAAACUCUGGAGGAGAAGAGUCUGAAGAAGUGGAAGACGAUACAACGUCCCCAAAGGCUAAUGCAUUCAACUGGGAACCAUGGCUAUUAGAAAUCUAUCAAGCUGCCCUUACGCCACGAUUCGUAGUCGACUUGUAUCACUCAUGCCUGUAUAUCAACUACCCUCAAGUGGAAAACAUCAACGAACCGGAUAGCAAUGAACUGUGCUACGACUUGUUGAGAUACAUUUUCUCCUUGCUGAAAAGUUCUAAAUAUGCUAACAACUUCCGGUACCUGACUAGGUGUGAAAGAGUAGCCCAGUUUCGUUGGUUAAAGUUUGAAAAUGUUGAAAUGCCAGAGGGGGUUAACUUCAAUCCAAACAAAAGAAAAAAUGUCGCGCUAUUGAAAGUGGCGUUUCGAGAUUUCUCCAACUGUGAGGAAAUCUUCACCGCGGUUUCUCAACUGCCGGCCAACAUGCAAUUGUACUUUCUCUGUUUAGUAUUUUGGGCAACGAAACAGCCCGCAGUGACACCCGUCCACGUGCACGCUCUCAUCGUUUGCCUAAUUCAGCUGCAAAUGAUAGACAAGCGUCUGCCGAAUAAGUCACGAGACGCCAAAGUGUUUCAAAAGAACCAAAAAGCCUAUCUGGACAACCAACGAAAGGCGUUCCAAAAGACCGAACCACCCAGUCAAGAAUUGCCAUCGAAAGCAACAUUUAAAAAAAUAACCACCGCAAUCACCAAACCGGAAGCGAUACUAACCUACGACCUUCUGCUGACACAUUUUUCGAUCAACGAUCGCAUGCUCCGGAGGCACGGUGAAUUGGAUCGUCCCACAGCUCACAUCUACGCGCAGCUGCAAGCCGUCGUGUUGAAUUUAUUCACCCUGAACGGUCUGUUAGGUCACCCGCUAGAGCCGACUCGGAUGCACGAAUUCUACAACGGAUUGUUCAUUCAUAACCUCUACCAAAGCCUGAAAUCCCGGCAGGAUCCCCUGGAUUACAUCAAGGGAACCGUGUUCCGGUACUCGGGAACGAUGUUUGCCAUUCAUCGAAUGUUGUACGAAUGGUUGGUGCGACUGGUUCCACAGUUCGAAACGCGCAUAAAAACGACCAGGACGGUCAAAAAAGUGCCACAGAUACCGAAGGAAUCGGUUCAAAGGAAAAAGGAACAGGUGAAGCAGAUGGUAAAGAACGAUUGCUUGCUGGAUUCAAAAUCCAGCGAGGAAGAAGAAGACGAUGCUGAGUAUAACGAUCUAAAUAACCAGUUCAGUCAGUUGUUGGUUAGUGGGCAGUGAUUAAGUUUCAUGGUAAGUAGCUAACGUUGAUUUUAGAUAAAAUUUGAUUGUAGAUGAUCUUCAUUUCUGCAUUACACCUCUCAUGGGACAGUAUAUGCUUUUUAGUUAAAAGUUUCGAAUGCAUUUCUACUGUUAUUCACUGGGAACUUUCUUUGUCAAUGACCCAAAAAAGUCAAAGUAAUUUCCAAUAUAAAAGAAAUCAUGUCAUCUU